AUGUCUAGAUCCCGACAAAUAGCACCAAGUGGGACAUCCCAGGUUGAAUCGGUGCCUCAACAGCAUAACAAUACACCAACUGUUCGAGUUCCAGGCACACUCAGACUAAGAGCAGAAAACGAACCAACUGCCGAGUCUAACACUGAGGGCAGAGGCUUGCACCGGCAUAUACGAUGGAGUGAGGAUGUGGUAGAUAACGAAGGAAUGGGGAAAAAGAGCUCUAAAGUAUGCUGCAUCUACCAUAAAGCUCGUCCAGUCGGUGAAAGUAGUUCAGAGUCAGAGUCUGAUUCUAAUUCAUCUGACCCCGAUAGCGAUAAUGAGAUAGAUAAUCCUAGGAACAGCCUGGGCCAUUCGUCGGCGCAUCAUAAUACCGAGAAUCAUUCCCAUGCGCAAGAAUCUGGACAUGACAGGGAGAGAGGGCGGCUAACGCGUUGCCCAAAUCACGGUAACACAAAGCUUAAGCGGAGGAGACCAAGCCCCAAUGCGUACGAGAAGAUGCCUAAGACGACAAAAGGGCGCUAG